AUGGUGAAGUACGGCCUCGACUACACGCGCUGCAGAUGGAUCCUGCCCCUGCUCCUGGGCAUAGGCGUCAUCUUCGGUAUCAUCGCGCUGGCGGGCAGGGGCUGGCUGGAGUCGCAGACCUUGCCCUACGUGCAGCAAGCAUCGCUGUGGCAGAACUGCCGGAGGCCGGAGCAGGGCGGGGAAUGGAGCUGCGAGUCCCUCAUGGGCUACGCCUGGGGAAGAGCUGCUGCUGCCACAUAUCUGGUUGGCUUUCUACUUCUAGUCAUCUGUUUUGCACUGGCCAUCAUAGCAUUUGCCAUUGACACACUUCGGUUCAACUUCAUUCGUGGGAUUGGAGGCUUGCUUUUUGUGGCUGCUGUGUUCUCCAUCAUGGGCCUGGUCAUUUAUCCAGUAAAGUUCUCAUCUGAUAUUGAAAUGACAGGAAUCAAUAUGUUCAGCUGGGCCUAUGGCUUUGGCUGGACCACCGCCAUUAUGGAAAUAUGCUUGGGAUUCUUCUUCUGCUGCCUUCCUAACUACGAAGAUCAGAUCUUGGGUAAUGUCAAGCCCACAUAUUUUUACUCCUCUCCAUAA